CUCUCACAUGAAAAUCAUAUUGCCUCAACAUUUGCAAAAGAAUCAGAAAAACCCACCAACCACAGUACAGAGUACGUCCAGUUAGCCCACUGCCAUUGCCACUACUUAUCAGCAGAAACCACUGUAGUUCCUAUGAAGAAAAACCAUCGGUGAUGAUUCUGCAGGACAGGUCUCAUGUGAGGGUCCUUGAUAUAAAGAGCAGCUCUCUGCUUCUGUAGCUGAUGGGUGAGGACAAAAACUUGGUAAAAGGAGCUACCAAGAGGUGGCAGGAUGAGUUACAGCUCACCCUCUCUGCAUGACUUGUAUCCCAGCACCACCACAACGGCCCAGCCAGACCUAGGGACAACUCUGGAUGGGACUGUACCAGAAACAGCUACUGUAGGCCCUGAGACGACCAGUUUCAACAGCACCAAAAUCCCAGAUGUGGCCAGCGCUGGACCUGGCAUGAGCACAAUGCUACUGUCCUUUGGGAUCAUUACUGUGAUUGGGUUGGCUGUAGCUAUGGUUCUGUAUAUCAGGAAGAGGAAGAGGUUGGAGAAGCUACGGCACCAGCUCAUGCCCAUGUAUAACUUUGAUCCCACCGAGGAACAGGAUGAACUGGAGCAGGAGCUGCUGGAACACGGGCGAGAUGCAGCAUCUUCCCAGGCAUCGCAGAGCAAGAUUCUGCUGACAAGCCAAGGAGCCCUGCAGAGGCCCAGCCGUCUUGUGUUCACAGAUGUUGCCAAUGCCAUCAAUGCAUGAACAGUCCCUGCCCCUGCUCUGGGAUGGUGCUGAGACUGGGGAGGAUGGAGCCAACAAACCAGUGACUUCCCGCAAGCAUGGCCGAUCCACUGAGCCCAGUUGGUCACCUCCUUGGUUUGUGUUACAUGUGGUCACAAGCACUGGGAGCUGUUGUCACUUUGGGAAGCAAACCCUUGGUGAUGGCAGUGGUGAUUUUCUGGUGCAUCUGGUACCACUGAAAGGUCCUGAACUCCAGUUUCUAGGCUGGUGCUGGCUGAUACCAUCUACCAAGCUGUGUGCUUAGGCACUGUGCCUGCUUUGCUGCAGAUUAAUUUACCAGAGUAUACGUGCGUGCUCUCUGGGUCAGGGAGGGAGGAGAGGUGCAUGUUUCAGAGAGCUUCCCCAUUGGCUUUGUGCCACCAGACCCCAAGGAAGGAGAUGAAUGAGCACCUCUCUGUACAGUGACCCCAGCUGGAGGGGUGGCUGGUGGCAAAGCCCCUGUGAGCAAUGAGAGCUGACUCCCCUACCCAGUGGUAAUCUGGGGCAUGCCAGGGAAAACACAUGCCAUGGGCUUAUCCCCCUUGUGGCAUGUGGGCUGCUGAUAAAUGUAUACCUGGGGGGAUGCUGAAGCAUAGGGAACUCACUGGCUUUAAAAAGUGAAAUAGUGAACAUUUGGGUGAUUACAUCUUAACUGAGGAAGUGGCUGAAUAUCUCAAAAUAGGGCUGCCAUGUAGACAGAGAGGAAUUCACACAACUAGAGGCAGGGGGUGUCAAUGUUUGGCUACAUGACUCCCUACCACUGAGCUAAGAAUAACAGUGCUUGGGCCAGAGAGAGGAGUGAAGUAGAACUAGGGUUCUAACACCAUGUAUCCCCCUCCUGCUUUGGCUCAGGGAGGUUUUUAGAAUACGCAGUGUUCUCCAGAAAAAUGAUUAAGCCCUGAAAUAUUUUCUUUUAAAUACAGAAAAACAUGUAUUGACUCAACAUUACAACAGCCCCAUGUCUGCCCCCAGAGGUGGCUGAACACCUGGUUCGUAUGUCCUUACCUGCCAGGACCUGCAGGCAGAGCCUUCUCUUCUUCCUGCUGAAGGAAACACCAAGCCUUUUGUUAGCCUCUGCUAGUGCUACCUGCUUAUGCAGAAGGUGGGUCUAGGCAGGUAAGCCAGGAGUUUCCCUGUAAGCCUGCAGCAUCUCUGCCUCUGCAUCCUGCAGGGCUGCAGGAGGGAGAGUGUGGAGGACUCUCCAGCCACUUUGGUGUGCUGCAGUGCAGCCUGGGUGCUGUCCUCUGCAGAGCCUUUUGGUGACCACCAGCCCCAAGUGCUGCAGGCCAGCACAGCAGCCAGGGGCCAGCAACACAGCUUGCAUGCAAGCAUCAGUGCCCAGCCAUGCACCGAUCACCUCCUGAUUCUUUUGCAGUACAUGCAUUUGUCAGUCAUAUCAUAUUCCAUUCACAGCACCAGUCAAAAGGGAGUCAGGGAAAAGCCAAAAUUUGAAUGCAGAUCCAAAGGCAGGCUUUAUGCAAGGAGGUGUUUAACUGAGUGGCAAUUCAGGUAUCAUGUGUUUUGUUGCAAGUUUGGACUUGCCAGUUAGUUUUUGUUCUUCCAAAUAUUUUAUUUUUUUUCCCUUCCCCACUGUGAUUUUUUUCUGUAUUCAUUAAAUGCAGACUCUUCCUGGGCAUGUGCCACUGACCCCUGCAGUGCACAGUUCUUUACCAGCUCUCCCUCCUUCACUGACACAGCUUCCUUCGUGGCAGCUUUGCAGAACUAACUUGCUUUAAUUUUUCAGUAUCCCUCUUUCUCUUCAAAACCUGGGAGUUCUGGGAGUGUAUUAGGGCUAGGAGAGCCAUCAGCUGUGUGAAACAGCCCACCUUUCAUACCCAGGAGAUCUGGCAGGAGGCACAGCCUGCUGGUUGCUGCUGGUGUUUGCACUCCAGGGAUACUGUUGGAAGGAGGGUGUGUGGGUACAAAUACUCAGUGUAAUUUGGCAUAGGUCCUUAGAAUUUGGACACCAGUUCAGUAGCACCUCCUCUUCACACAGUUCUUGGAAGUAUAUGUACAAUUUAGCAGAAGCAUUAUGAUGUAAUUUAAUUCAAGUGUUUCUGUGUUUUAAACAUUGAAAUAUAAUUAAACUAUUUACAUGAAA